AUGAAGGGACCCUCAACAGCCACAUCCACAGCCACUACCGCCACUUCACCCAAGAAGUCCAAGAAGUCCACCCCAAAGGUGGUCCCUGUUAAUCUACCGGAUAAUCCCUAUACUGAUGUUGAGGCGGCGCAGCUUAUUAUUAGUACGCUCCCCACCCAAGGCGUCAUCGUAUCAACGAAAGAAGCGGAAGCGCGAACGCUGGCCCGGCUGGAAUCGAGCGGAUCGUUGUCCAACCAUUCCACAGCCGAUGAUCACAUCCAAUUGACAGUGGCAGCCGUGGCUUCAGGCCAAAUUGGAGGCCGAGAUGAGGAUGAGGGCGUCGACAUCAGGGAGGACGAGCUGAUGGACGUCAGUGAUUGCGCCUGGGAA